CGAUUCCUCGCUGUUAUGACUGUUCUUAAUUUCUUGUUCCUUUGGAUACUUGUUGAGAGUGGGCAGCAAUCCCUUGUUGGCUAGCUCCUGUAACAUGGAAAUGGAUAGCAUAUUCGUCCAACAGUCUACUACUACAACUCAGUUGAUCUGAACUCACUAGCUAGCAGUGUCAUACUCUUCAGUGCAGGUGUUGGCUUCCUUCAGAGUUGGGAGUUGUUGUGUUGCAGGAUCAAGCUCGCAACAAUGGCUGGAGGGGCGUUGGGCUUUUGGAAUGACUGGGCGUCCCAGAUCGGGGUUCUCUUGAGCCUCUUCUUCCAGUUCUUACUCCAUAUGUUUGCCAACAUCCGUCGGUGUAAAGAUGGCUCAUAUUGGCUGAGGUUCCCACUCUGGGUGGCGUACCAGCUGUCUGACUCCACUGCGACAUACGCUGCCGGACAGCUCCUCUUCAGCGGCGCAACAAAAGACCACCACCUCAUUGCCUUCUGGGUGCCGUUCCUCCUGCUGCACCUCGGCGGCCCGGAUAACAUCACCGCCUACGCCCUCGAGGAUAGCAAACUCUGGGGGCGCCACUUGCUAAGCCUUCUGGUGCAGGUCCUGGGAGCUGGAUAUGUCCUAUACAGGCAUAUCAUUGGCAGCGGGACCUUGCUCAUGGUGGCUGCCAUCUUGAUAUCUGUUGUUGGUGUUGCAAAGUAUGGGGAGAGGACAUGGGCGCUCCGGUCCGCCAAGUUCAGCAACCUCCAGAGCUCUCUCAAGGUACGGACACAUGACAUGCAUCACCAGCAAUUUUAUACUGAGCAUCAAGACUGGUACAACGAUGGCGACCCAGUCCUGCAGCAUGCUCACUCCCUGUUUCAUAUCUGCAAGCGUGGGAUAGUUGAUUGCGUGAUCGCAGUGGAUGACUCAGAUAGCGAGAAUGAGGUGGAUUCUCAGGACAUCAAAAUAAUCCACGGCCUUUUGAAAGACCGUGAACAAAUGUGGAGGGUGAUGGAGAUGGAGCUCUCCCUCAUGUAUGAUAUCCUGUACACCAAGGCAAGUGCGGUCCACUGUUGGUUUGGCUACUGCAUCCGUGUCAUCGCACCGCUUGCCAUUGCCACCUCUCUCGUGUUGUUCCAGUUGAGCAGCAAAGAUGAUUACAGCCUAGUCGAUGUUGUCAUCACGUACAUCUUGUUGGGUGGCGCCUUGGUCCUGGAGACGAAAUCGCUCCUUGUCGCACUAGGGUCAAGCUGGGCGUUUGCCUUCUUGUGUGCCACACAAUGGGAUUGGCUCCGGCAUUCUGCUCUGUGCGCUGGAAGAUGGCAUCGUCUUCGGCACACACUUUUUUUUCUCCGCUGGUCCUGGCUAGGCAAGAUGACGAUCAUGACAGGAAGCUCGAGGAGGUGGUCAGGCACCAUGGGGCAGCGCAACAUGGUGCGGUCUUGUACCAGACAGGUGGAUCCGAUGAAUCGAUCCCUCGGCAAGCUAUGCAAGACGCUAAGCCUCGGCGAGUGGUGGGACAGGAGGUACUUGUGGACCAUCGAUGUGUCCGAGAAGGUCAAGAAGCCCGCAGAAAAGUGGAUACUGUCAAGACGGUCAGUAGGUGAUAUGAACACAAUGGGUUUACGCAGGACUAAAUGGGGUGAGCUGGCACUAAAUGAAGAGGACUACCCUGGGCUGUUGAAGGAUUUGGAGGGUUAUCAUGGAGUUGACUUCCAUGAGAGUGUCAUCAGCUGGCACAUUGCCACCGACUUGAUCCUUGCUGAAAUAGACCGAAGGGGCGAUCAUGUGUCUGAUGACCAAGUGGAGCUAGUCAGCGUACUGUCCAACUACAUGAUGUUCCUCCUCGUCGACUCCCCCGACAUGCUACCAGGCCUCCCCCAAAAGUGGUUGUACGAGCAGACCUGCAAACAACUGAAAAAGAUAUGCACUAAACAUAUCGCUGGUUCAGCUGGUAACAGUUUCUGGACCAUGCUCAAGAACUUGUUCCGACCACACCAUCACCGUGGCUGGAAACCUUCUGAGCUUGAGAAGGAGAUUGCCAUCGAUAUACUGAGCGAGUUUGAACGCUCCAACGUCAGCAAUCCUCGGCUCACUUAUGCGCGCGCUAUUGCAGUGAAACUGCUUCAUAGGAAGGAAGAUGUGGUUUAUGCGCUGCUAUUGUUGUGGGUAGACUUCCUUGCCCACGCAGCCAACCGGUGCAACAGGGAGGCGCAUGCGAGGAAGCUCGGCAGCGGCGGUGAGUUGCUGACUGUCAUCUGGCUUUAUCAAGAACACCUCCACCAAGUAAAAGAAGAGAUAAGAAAGGGGCAGAACCCUGUAUAAUUCACUGUACUAAUGGAUGUCCAGAAAUAUCUUCACCUUCUGUAUUUUGUAAACUUAUCUUUCUUCAGUUCAGUUCCGUACCCUUUGUUCUUGCUCAGUUUGUGCUUCCUAUGAUGAAUAUGUCAGAGUACAAGGUGCCCAUUCACAUGCUAGCUAGCCCAGCAAUGAU